CGAGGAUCAUUGACGUGUUCAAGUUAUAGCUUUGAUAGGCUUCAAUGGUCGUGACAAAGAAGCCCAUUGGGCCUGAAAUGAAGCUUGAGACGCAGCGCAUAACACAUGUCAAUUGGUUUCUUUGAUUUUCCCUAGUAUAAAAAGCGAUAAGAAAACCCUAGCUCACCUUCUCUUCUUCCUCUAAUUGCUUUUCUCCGUCACUGAGUACCUUGCCUCUCGAGCUCCCAAUCUUAAGUAGAGGAUUGAGCUUAAGGCAAGAUGGUAAGAAUCAGUGUUCUUAACGAUGCUCUCAAGAGCAUGUACAAUGCUGAGAAACGAGGCAAGAGGCAGGUCAUGAUCAGGCCUUCCUCCAAAGUGAUUAUCAAGUUUCUGAUUGUCAUGCAGAAGCACGGUUACAUUGGUGAGUUUGAGUAUGUCGAUGACCACAGAUCUGGCAAGAUCGUCGUUGAAUUGAACGGAAGGUUGAACAAGUGUGGUGUUAUCAGCCCACGUUUUGAUGUUGGUGUCAAGGAAAUUGAAGGUUGGACUGCCCGUUUGCUCCCUUCUAGACAGUUUGGUUACAUCGUGCUGACUACAUCUGCUGGCAUUAUGGACCAUGAAGAAGCUAGAAGGAAGAAUGUUGGAGGCAAGGUUCUCGGCUUCUUCUAUUGAAGUUUUAUUUUAUGGGGAAACAGAUUUUCAUUGAGUUAUUUUUAACUUUUGUCCUCCAUUUUCUCUGAAACUACCUUUCUCUUUCUUUCGAAUUUUGUGAUAACUUUGAUGGAUAGUGUUCUGAAAUCACUCUUUUUGGUUUGGAGCCCUUUUUUAGACUUCGGAUGCACUCGUAAAAUUAUUCUAAAAAUCUCUGAUUUGGCUAGUCUCUUACCUUCUCUUUACCGGCUAUAAUCUCUAAGUUGCGGAUAAUGCUCUAAUUAGUCAUACGAGUUCAUGUAUCAAACGACGUCGUAAUAACUCGGAACAAAAUCAUUGUUGAUCUACAUCAUAUCAUCUACAUUGAGGCUUAAAACAUCAUAUCAAUACCUUAGGAUCAUUUAGAAUUCUUAGAACUGAUUAACUGUAGAUGAAAUCACAGCAACGGAUUAAUACAAUAUGCGGUUAUAAGUAAAAAGAAAUAAGAAGCAAAAAAUACUGACAAAUCAUAGUUGUUAUAUCAUCAAGAAACGUGGAAAACAAAAGAAGAAGAAAAAAACUCUUCAAGAACCAAAUGCCAAAGGAACAUAGUUGCCCAAUUUCUAACUCUAGUUUUCACCCAUAAAAUGGAUCACACCUUAUUAGAAAAUGGUCUUACGGAUCACACUUCCUUCUCCAGCCAAAUAUGGCCCCCGUCUCAUCUCAUCUCCGGCGAUGGGAGCUCGAAAGUACCUUCAUGUAUUUAGAUAUGUAAGAGAUAAGAGAGGAGAGAGGAAGGUUUGAUGAGGAGCAUCCAUUGUUGAUGGUCUUUUCGACCUUAUCAAAGGAGAAGCCAAGUGAGAGAGACGUUUCAUUUUGGGUUUAUAGACCAAAAAAGUGGUCAUUUGUGAGAGUAUCUUCGAAAGCAUAUGCUUUGAACCAUUAACUAAGCUGACCUGAGUCCCAUUAUUACUACUUUUGAUUUUCUUCUUCUUUUUUCUCUUUUGUUAGUAUAUUAAAAUCUAUUUAAAUUAUUGAGGCGAG